ACACACACACACACACACACUCUCGGCUUGGCUUAGGGAUGGGCGUGAAAGGGGCGUGGUUUAUUUGACGCUGCAGGUGAGAGCUCAAAGCACGAGGCGCGUCUGUCUCGCGCACACAGUUUCUCCGUCACACCUGCUGCACCGUUUCCGUCCAAGUCUCGUGUUGGAGGUGAUGAUCUGUGACGGACCAGGAGUGUGAAGAAGUUGUGAUUGCUGUGGUAUCAGUGGUAUCAGAGUGGAGUUGAUGGUGAAGAUGGAGCCUCACAGUAACAGUACUCCUGCUGCGGUGGAGAAGUCUCCUCUCUCUGCGUUUAGACCCAGUCACUCUCGCAGCUGCAGCACCGGAUCCUCUCGCCAGAACUCCAGAGACUGGGAGGUGAUGACCGACAUCCAGUCCAACAUCAGUCUGGAGAAGAACAGCAUCCCGGGGAUUUGUGAAGGACACCUGAUGAAAAAGAGGAAGUAUCCGCUUCAGGGAUGGCACAAGAGAUACUUUAUACUGGAGAAGGGGAUCCUCAUAUAUGCUAAAUCUCAUCAGGAUCUGAUGAGGGGGAAGAACCACGGAGCUCUGGACGUCAGUCUCGCUGUGAUGUCCGUCAACAAGAAGUCCAGACGGAUCGACCUGGACGCAGGAGACACCCUGCUGCACUUAAAGGCUAAAAGUCAGGAGAUCUUCUACAUCUGGAUGACCAAACUGACUGCCCACCGCGUCUAUAAGAAGAACGAGGCUCUGAGUGUCCAUCGUGGUGUUCUUCAGGCUCUCUCAGCAGGAAACGGCAGCACGCUGUCCAGCAUGGCCACGUUCGCUCAGAUGAACAGAGACAUGAGGGACACGCCUCCUCAGUUCCAGAGUCCCUUCCAACCUGCUCCGUCAGAUUCUCCGUCUCUGUCCUCGUCGCGGCUCAACAAUAAAGUCUCUGCCUGGCUUCAGCAAACGCAGCGGGCUAACGCCUGCCAACAAGAGCUGGCUCGCUGUCAGCUGGACCUGGCUGAACUCGGACGUCUUAUCCAGAUGUUGCACUUACUGGAGGCAGAUCUGAGCAAUCCGAUCUCCAACAAGGACCUGGAGAAGAGGAUCAGCAUGCAGAAUCUGACUCUGGAGAAGCCAAAGAAGAAGGUGGGGAAAGUUUGGGGUCACAGUCGCACCAUGUCACAUGGGAUGCUUCCUGUCAGUAAUCAAAUCAGCAAAUUCUCCUCGUCCUCUGGUCUUGGUUCGUCUCUUCAGUCCAUCCCAGAUUAUGUUUACUCUCAGCUGUCUACACCACGCUGCACCUCACCUGAGGGGAAGAAACUCCAGCAGGACAUCCAUGUUGUGUCCCAGAGACUCCACACAUGUCUGAAAUCCAUCCACGAGAUGUUGUCUUUGGAGCGUGAGCGUCUCACACAGGCGUGGACAGGACCGGACCUGCGUCAGUCCACCUCAGACCAGCUGGCGUCUCUGUGCACCACACUAUCUGAGCUGGAGCUGCAGUCUCAUCACACUAAAGUCCACUCGGUGUCUCUGUCCUCCGAUUCGUCCGAGGAGUCGUUCUGCACCGUGAGACAGGAUCAGAGCUGCGAGUCACGCAGCCGCCUGUCCGUCGCCGAGUCCAUGGCCGAAUAUUUCGACGCCUACGAGCACAUCGUGUCCGAGAGCUUAUCGGAAAACGAGGCUUCUGACGAGUCAGGAUUGAGUGACGUUACCACCAGCAACUCUGAGGCAGAAGAAGGACAAGCGGAGUUGAGGAUGAACUACAGGACGAGUGUGUCCACCGCUCCGGACGUCCCCUCCACUGUCCCGAAGGAGACGGGCCGCCGCACGGUGCUUCCUGCUCGCUGCACCGAUAACAGCCACAUCGGCAUUCUCUCCAUCCUCUACAACAACAUCGGGAAAGACCUGUCUCGCGUCUCCAUGCCCGUCGCCCUCAACGAGCCGCUCAACUUCCUGCAGCGCGUCAGCGAGGAGCUCGAGUACGCCGAACUGCUGGACAUCGCCAACCACACCGAUGACCCCUAUGAGAGAAUGGUGUACAUGGCAGUGUUCUCCAUCUCAGGAUAUGCUUGGGCCUCAUGGAGGAACCGCUACAAGCCUGUUAACCCAGUGUUAGGAGAGACGUAUGAGAGCAUCAGAGAGGACCGCGGCUUCCGCUACGUCGCUGAGCAGGUUAGUCAUCACCCUCCUGUGUCUGCUUGUCACGCAGAGUCCGAGAACUUCACCUUUUGGCAAGAUCAAAGAUGGAAGUAUAAAUUCUGGGGAAAGUCUGUAGAGAUCAUCUCCUCUGGGCUGGUGAACGUGUCUCUGCCGAGAUACGGAGAUCAUUACCAGUGGAAUAAAGCAGUGACCUGCAUACACAAUGUGUUCAGUCAGCAGCGCUGGCUCGAGCACUACGGUGACGUCGUCAUCCAGAACCUGAAGAGUGACGUCUGCUCCUGCAAACUGACCUUUGUGAAGUCUCGCUACGGUGACGGAGAAAAUAAAAACGAGGUCCAGGGUGUGGUUCUGGACCAGGCGGGGAAGGUGGUGCAUCGUUUCGGUGGCUCGUGGCAUGAAGGCAUCUUUUGUGACACACUAUCCAGCCCCCAGUGCCUCUGGAAGCCCAAUCCUCAGCCUGAAGAUUAUUUUGAGUAUUAUGGGUUCUCUCGUUAUGCCAGAGAACUAAACGAGCUCACACCUGAACUGAAGGCUGUCCUGCCCCCUACAGACACGCGCUUCCGCCCGGACCAGAGACUUCUCGAGAACGGAAAAGUGGCUGAAGCGGAUAAGCGUAAGGACGAGGUGGAGGAGAAACAAAGGGAACGGAGGAAAGAACUGGCUAAGAGAGGAGAGGAACACAUCCCUCGUUUCUUCAGGAAAACGGUGGACGACUCGGGCCGAGAGGUUUGGGUGUCUAACGCGACGUACUGGAGGAUCAGAGAGGAUCCCGGAUUUGCAAACACUGAUAAUCUGGAGUUGUGGUGAAGUCAACAGAAGAACAUUUAUUUAUUUUUUUAAAAAUGAAGUGCAAUAUGCAUCACUCCUCCUGAAUCGUUUGUGGACCGCUGAAUCGAUUCUGAUUCACGUGAUUGGAUUUGAUUGAUUAGUAUCCGAGUGCUGACUGGAGCGGGCGGAGAUUCGGCGUGACGAUGAGCCGUGAGCGUUCGUGGUGACGACGCCUGCGAGGAGCAAGUGAUUACUGAUAUAUUUAUUUAUUUAGAUGAUGCUCCUUGUUGUCUCUCCCCUCAUCAGUCAGCGUUAAGACACUGACUUGUAUUCCAACUUUCUUUAAAACAUUUUACUUUUUUAUGAGAUGUUUUAUUUAAAAUUGUCCUGUACUAUAAAGAUUAUUUUGGGUGUUUUCACUGAAGUCCUGUAACUGACACAGGAAUCCUGAAUGAGUGGUGGUGAUGAUGCACAUUUGAACACAUCUGACCUAAAUUGUGUGUGUGUGUGUGUGUGUGUGUGUGUGUGUGUGCUUGCUCUGCAGGCCAAAGGAAAAGAGACGUGUGUGUGUAGUAAAGAUUCUCUGACUGUAGAAAGGCGUUUGUAAUUAUACACAAUGAACUGAAUAAAAAUGAGGGAGAAAUAAACGAAGACCGAUUUGA